CCUCUUAAUAUCGCUUACUUUAGGCUAUUAAAGCGUAAGUAUAGUAAUAUAGUUUUAGCCUUAGUACGUAACUGCACUAACUAUAUUAGUAAGAAGAUCUUUCUACUAGCCUUUAGAGCUACUCUUAAGCGGUCUAUUAUAAAGGAGAAUAUCUAA